UCUCCUGCCCCAAGACUGCGCUCCGGCAGACAGAUGGAGUUGCCAAGUGUCCGUUAUGCCAAGCACUAAGGCUUACCCCCGACAUGGAUGACAGAAACAAUACAUCUAUGCUGUUUCCGUACAACGGCACGGAUGGAGGCGACGAGAACUCAACUAGUGUCGAACUGACACUGAGCUACCAGAUCACCACAUCAUUCCUCCUUGGCGCGCUCAUCCUUUGCGCCAUCUUUGGGAACGCGUGUGUGGUGGCGGCUAUUGCGCUUGAAAGAUCUCUCCAAAACGUCGCGAACUAUCUCAUCGGCUCCUUGGCCGUCACAGAUCUGAUGGUGUCUGUACUGGUUCUUCCUAUGGCGGCACUUUAUCAAGUGCUAGACAAGUGGAAGCUGGGGCAGGUAACUUGCGACAUUUUUGUUUCUUUAGAUGUUCUAUGUUGCACCUCAUCAAUAUUGCACCUGUGCGCAAUAGCUCUGGAUAGAUAUUGGGCAAUAACAGACCCUAUAGACUAUAUGAAGAAAAGGACACUAAGGCGCGCUGCGGUUUUAAUCAGUGUUACAUGGCUGAUAGGAUUCUGCAUAUCAAUCCCACCCAUGCUUAUCAUGAAGUCUCAGACAGAAGCCGAGGAGCAGGUGUGCGUGAUCAAUGAAGAUCCCUGGUAUACCAUCUACUCCACUUCUUGCGCGUUCUAUAUCCCGCUUAUUUUAAUGCUGGUCUUGUACGGAAGGAUAUUCAAAGCAGCCAGGUUUCGUAUUCGAAGAACGGUCCGGAAAACUGAGAAGAAGAAAGUGAAAUGUUUGACUGUGUCACCGGCACUUUUUCACAAGAAGCCCAAGGCAGAGCUGAGCAAAAAUUGGAAGAGCACUGUGGAGCCAAAACCGACCUCGUGCGUAAAUGGCGCAGUGAAGCACGCCGAAGAUGGCGAGUCUUUGGAGAUCAUUGAGGUGCACAGUAGUUCCAAAAACAACCUUCCUCUCCCCAACACACCCCAGUCCGUCCCGCUGUUUGAGAACAGGCACGAAAAGAACACCGAGGCAAAGAGGAAAAUAGCACUGGCUCGGGAGCGCAAAACUGUGAAGACGCUCGGUAUUAUCAUGGGUACGUUCAUUUUUUGUUGGUUGCCCUUUUUCAUUAAAGCGCUGGUGGUACCCUUCUGCCCAGGAUGUAAUUUCCCCGUCUGGCUCCGCGACGUGAUCAACUGGCUCGGGUAUUCAAACUCUCUGCUAAACCCUAUCAUAUACGCUUAUUUCAACAAAGACUUUCAAAGUGCUUUUAGGAAAAUAAUAAAAUGUCAUUAUUGCAGACCAUGAAAAUAUUUUUGUAUUCCAAUAGAUAAAAAAAAAAUAGGGCUCACUUGAUCAGCAUUUGUUCACAGCAUAUGUUGACAAUGUUUCCAGGUUUUAAUGCAGUGAUUAAAAGCAUAGCUUGAUAAUAUGUGACAUAAUAUAAUUACAGAUAAACAAAUACAAUUGUAUUAUCAUUAUUGUCAUUAUUAUUAUUAUUAUUAUUAUUAUUAUUAUUAUUAU